AUGCAACAAGGUGUUCCAGAUCUGACAAAAAAGAGACCCUUACAAGAGACAAACAAGAAACCCAAUGCAUCUUCCUCUUAUUCAAAGAAAAUCAAAAGAGAAAAGUUUAUUCCACCACUCUUGUCCAACAAGCCUUCUUCUCUUCAACCUAAAUUUGAUACAUCCAAGUUUGCAAACGAGUUGGAUUAUUUAAGAUUUAAGGCUCAACAACAGGCAAAGGAAUUGGAAUCGCUGAAAAGAAGUGUACAAGCUCUUAGUAAUUCUUUAUCCAACGCAGAAGAAGAGGAAGAAGAAAUAGAAGCUGCCACCGAGAAAUGGUUGGUUGCCGCCCAAGAAAUACUUUAUGCCCUUCAAAACAAAACUAAUCCCAAGCUUGAGAUGAAACAAAUUCUUGAUCAUUUGAAUAUUGAGCAUGAAGAUGUUCGUUAUGACAGCGAGAAUGAUUCCUUUUUCUAA